AGAUUUUUAGCCUUCAAAAUCAGCCUCAUCCCAUCUUCUUAUCAGCCAACCAAUCUCUAUUUCACCUUAUCCACACUCUUCCAUUUCUUUCCUUACAAACUCUAUAUUCCACCGAUUCAAAAUCAUCCCUAAACUCAUCGAAUUACAGGCUGUAAGCAAUGGCAACCGCGUCAGCUACAAUCUCGGUCCCGGCUGCAGCCAUCAUGGGUCCGGCCCGAUCAUCCCCGAGAAGAACCAAGGUGAAAUAUAUCAAUGGAUUGAACUCAUUUGGAGGGCUUAAAGCUCAUAACAGUGUGGCAGCAUUAGGCCUUCCAGUUUGUACUGAACAGUCAUUUGCCAAGAUUGUUAGUUCAAUGAAGAAACAGACAUCUCGCCAAGGGAAAAGUGGCGGGGCUCUGUCUUCUACUUGCGAUGCAGCGUCUGAGAUCUUUAGGAUUGCUGCAAUUAUGAAUGGAUUAGUUCUUGUUGGAGUUGCGGUUGGUUUUGUUCUACUCAGAAUUGAAGCUGCGGUCGAGGAAUCCGAGUGAGGAAUAUGCUAAAUUUGGUUGGUUUUAUGAUGGUUUUCAGUGAAAAGACACUCUUUGCUUAGUUAUCAAUUGAAUGUAGAGUUGAUUGAUUUUGCUUUAUGAAAUAAAUUGGUAAACUUUCUCUAGGGAUUGUUUGGAAUGUUGAUCAUGAACAAAUAUUUUCACUUU